AUCCAAUUCUACCAACAGGAGGCCAAAGACCAAGAGGCCUCCGCCAAACACGAGAUCCCUAGGGACGCUGGCUUGCAACCCGAGGGCGACAUCUACAAGCCCAGCGAGCAUGGUGGAUUGAAGCAAGAUGGAACUCCUGACAAGAGAAUGAAGCCCGAGGAUAUCGACAAACCUGAUGAGGAGAAGUAGGGCAGCUGAAGUUGGAGGUUAUGCUGGUGACGUCAUGGAGUCGAGUUGAGUCGAGUCGUAGUAUAAAUCAAUCCGAAUCAAAGCCGUACAUCUUACAACUCAAACAGAUCAAGUCGAUAAAAUAAAUCGUUCACAAUGGCCUCAGCAUUCAGAUCGUCAUCUCGCCUCUUCUCAGCUCCUUCGCAGUUUCUCUUCAGUAGCUGUGCUCGUACCGCCUUCCGUCCACAAGCCAUCUCUAACGUUAAGACGGCAAGUCUGAGUGUGCCUCGUCGCCUUGCUUGGGGUACGGCAGGAACCCUCUCUACCUACGCUCUACUGUCGUACGGUGUUCUCUCUUCGCCCGUCUUCCAGCCCUAUCAAUGCGCUGCUGCAACCUCCUCUACACCAGGUUCAUACCCAGUUGACAAGCCAGACUUCGACGACGUGGAUGGUAAGGCCGGGACCGGUGGAAAUAUCUUGGCUAGAUGGUUCGAUCCAGCUCAACUGAGCUUCGGAAGCAUGAUGGGUCUCGCAUCCGGUUUCUUCGUCGGCAAGAUCGGCAAGAUGGUUCUGUUCUUUGCUGGUGGUAUUUUUGUCUUCCUUCAGCUCUUGAGCUACAACGGUAUCGUCUCUAUUCCUUGGGCAAGGAUUGCGGGUUGGUAUUCUCGUCGCCAGGAGGCUCUUCGUGCAUCGAACAACGCUGAGGGACACCAGUCUGGUGCUUUCAUCAGUGAGAAAUUUACCAACCUUCUUACGCACAACUUCCCCAUGAAGGCAAGCUUUAUGGCGGCGUUCUUUGUUGGAUUGAGGUAUGCUUAGAUGGAGAUAGUGAUACGAAUGCAGGCCAUGAUAUUCCUUGUGGCAUGCAAACCAAGGUUUCAAAACCAUUACCACGUUCCCAAAACGCAAAUGUGAACGCCGCUGAACGCCAUGAACCAUACCAAAGAUGACUCGUAAUACCCGGGCCUUUUUCGCGUCCCGUUCGUCGCCAAAUCCACUCCAUGCUAUACGUUCUUUCCGCUCUUUCGCUUCC